CUCUCUCUAAAUUGAUGUAAUGGUGCAUUACACCUAUAUAUUUGAGCAUUUUCCUUUGAGGGCUCUCUCAAGAAUCUCUCUCUGUCUCUUCUUGGUGGGAGUUCAUAUAAACAGUAGUUAGAAGAUGGGGAAGAGCAGGUGGAGGUUUUCAUGCGGACAAAUGGAAGCGCUGAGUGCAUUAUGCGACACCUUCCUGCCCGCCAUAGAUGUUGAUAAUUAUGAUGUCGGCCCGCAGCUUCACUCAUCCCUCCACCGUCAAUUCUAUCAGACAUCAGCUUCCAUGGCAGGAAUUCCGCACCAUGUUGGUGAAUUCCUAGGAGGAAAAGUAGAACAUCCAAAGAUGUGUUUGGCAAGAUUGGCAAUAAUGCUGCUGUCCACAAGAAUAGGAAGUUUGAUACUAUGUGGGAGGAAAAGCUUAUCUCCUAAAUUUCCCUAUUUUCAGACAUUCUCAAAGGUAUCAUGCGAGAGAAGAGAAGAAAUACUGUUGUCAUGGUCCACCAGCUCUUUCCUUCUCCUCAGAAUCCUUUUUACUGCCCUCAAAAUCUUCACUCUUCUCCUAUUUUUCACUCAGGUGAAUGAGAAGGGUGAGAACCUCUCAUGGAAAGCAAUAGGCUACUGCGGGCCGGAUCCGGGCUGCACCAAGACCCGACGACUCAAUGCUGAAAACACACAACAGCCACCAGAAGAAUGUGAAGAGAAAUUAGCAGAUGGUGCAAGUAAAGAAGAGUUGUUUGGGUCACUUUACAAAGGCAUCAUCAACUUGAGCCAACCAAGGGAAGACCCCCUUUCCAAACUACAGAAUUUAGGUUUUUCUGUCUCCAUACCUCAUUCAAGAAACAGGCGAAUGAAAUCCUUAAAUCCAUCGUUCAUUGUCAAAUGUGAUGCAGUAGUAGUUGGUUCUGGGUCCGGUGGUGGAGUCAUGGCUGGGGUUCUAGCAAACGCCGGCCACAAAGUGCUAGUGCUAGAAAAAGGAAGCUACUUUGCAAGAGCCAAUCUUUCACUUCUUGAAGGGGAAGCAAUGGAUCAGAUGUACCUUGGGAAGGGGAUGGCAACAACCGACAAUCUGGAUGUUCUGCUGCUUGCAGGAUCAACGGUAGGUGGAGGAUCAACGAUAAACUGGUCGGCCUCCAUUCAUACCCCACCUCAUGUCAUAAGAGAAUGGAGUGAAAAGCACAAGCUAAAGUUAUUCGAGAGUAAAGUCUAUCAGCAGGCCUUGGAUGUUGUAUGCCAAAAAAUGGGCGUUCAAUCAGAAGUUGAGCACGAAGGAUUCAACAACAUGAUUUUGAGAAAAGGGUGUGAGAAGUUGGGGUAUCCCGUGGAAACUGUCCCACGCAACGCCCCUUCUGAUCAUUACUGUGGUUGGUGUUGCUUUGGCUGUAAAGAUGGGAGAAAGAAAGGUACCUCGGAGACAUGGCUGGUGGAUCUGGUUGAAUCAGGAAAUGGUGCUAUCCUGCCUGCAUGUGAAGCCCUAAGAGUGAUCACAGAGGAAAGCAACGGCAAGAAAAGGGCUAUAGGGGUUGCUUUCGCAUUCUACACUCCAUUCGGGAGAGAAAUAGGCAUCGUGGAGUCGGACGUAACUGUUGCUGCAUCAGGUGCAAUCUGCACCCCGCCUCUGCUGAAACGGAGUGGCUUAAAGAAUCGAAACAUUGGCAAGAACUUGCACAUUCAUCCAGUGGUAAUGGCCUGGGGCUACUUUCCUGAUUCCGCUUCACCCGAUGCAUGGCCUGCAGCAGAAAAGAGAAGUUAUGAAGGAGGGAUAAUAACAGCAAUGUCAACAGUCAUAGCAAAUACUGAAACAUCAGGAUAUGGCACUGUAAUACAGACACCGAUACUGCACCCUGGAAUGUUUUCUCUACUAAUGCCAUGGAUUUCAGGCACAGACAUGAAAAACAGGAUGGUUAAGUUUUCCAGGACUACUCAUAUAUUUGCGCUGGCCAGAGAUAAAGGGUCGGGGAAGAUAACUUCAGAGACUAACGUAAGUUACAAACUGGAGUAUUCUGAUCAAGAAAAUCUAAGCAAAGGAUUGGAGAAAGUUAUGAGGAUAAUGGCAGCUGCUGGAGCUGAGGAAAUCGGGACUCAGCACACCACGGGACGGGUAUUGAAAGUGAAGCAAGCCAGUGAGGAAGAGUUCGAGAGGUUUGUGAAAGAGGAGAGUUUAAGGCCGUUGCAAAAACUUUCGUCCCCUAUAGGUUCGGCACAUCAAAUGGGAAGCUGCAGAAUGGGAGUGGAUCCAAAGAGCUCAGCGGUGAACCCGAAGGGAGAGACUUGGGAGGUGGAGGGGCUUUUCGUGGCUGAUUCGAGUGUUUUUCCUACUGCAUUAGGGGUGAAUCCUAUGGUGACUAUUCAGGCCAUUGCUUAUUGCACUGCACAAUCAGUACUUGAAGUUCUUGGGCAGAAGAAGAUGAUAUAAAGCCCAGUGUUUGAUGUCUACUCUUAGGAGCAAAUAUGAUCUUGAAGUUGUAAUAACAUGUUUCAGUUGGAGCUUGUUCAUACAAUAAUGUGAAUACAACGUAUCGUGCCUGGUUA